UGGGAAUAGCUUGAUAGACUCUGCCAGACAGAUGAUCAUCAGCCAAUACUCUUUUGUUUGAUCGACCUUCUUUAUCCUUAGCCACCCCUCCAACCUGUCGCUUUAAACAGCCGAGAGCAUCAUGAGUCUUAUGCGACACUAAGAUCGACCAUCUAACUUACCAUACAGCCUCUCCCGCCAGGAUUAUACCAUCGAGUCCACCUUGAAAAUGGAUGGUCAACAAAAACCUUCGGUUCGUCCAAGUGGAAUCCCUCGAUUAGCCUCGCGACUGCCUCUGCCGACCUCUUCUGCGUCCCGAACGAUCAAAGCGUCUUCGUCACGCGAGAAGCUACUGGCUGACCCGGGCCUGAAUACCUCCAGGCUGCGACGACCUUCCGCAGAGCCUGUGUUCAAGAAACCUCUUCCCAAAUACUCAGCACCACCAAGGCCCCGGUCUAGCCUACAACCGGGGAGGGAUGUUUCUCAGACGCGAAUAAGUGAUGGCGGCAGAUCGGAAGGAGACGGGGGAUGGGAUGAGAUCUCCCAGUCGGAUAUCGAAUCCUUGUCCGGCGACACGGAGUUUCGAGGCCGCGCGCGACCUUCACUGUCGGAACGAACCAUGGAGACGCUGGCCCAAAUCCCACCUUCGCCUGCUUCCUCGCGAAAGUCCAGUUUCUUUAAUGCAACGAGCCCUAUGCGAUCGCCAUCUCGCCAGUCGUCGGUAAUGUCCAAUUAUUCAAGGUCUCCGUCGAGGUCAUCAUCCUCUCGUCAACAAUGCGGGGGUGAGCUUUUCGCUCACACGCCGUCUGCCAUGCGACUCCCAUCAAGAUCACGGCCUUCGUUGCCCACGGGUGGCGCCGUGGCCGACAGCGCUAUUGCGGAGGAUGAUAGUCCGUCAAAACCUCGAAUUCCAGCUGUACCAGCACCCAACUUUGGUGGGACUGGUGACGAAACCCCCAAGGCAUCGAAGUCACGGCCCCAGCUUAGUAAAGGGCUUGCGAAGCCCAACGGCAUGCAAGAACCCUCGCAAUCAUCCCUUGACGUGAAGAAAACACGCAAUACACCAACAAAGCCGCCUUCCAGCCAAAAGCUGUCUUCCUACCAGCCAAGAUCUUCGUCUGCUAGACCCAUAGACGCGGAAUUGAAUCCAGGACAGCAGUCCGAAUUGGAAGCUAGAAAGGCCGCAAAAUCCUCCAGCACCUUACGCGAAAGCAUUGCCAAGGCCAAAGCUGCCGCAAAGGCAGCAGCUGAAAAACCUUCGCAACCACCGUCGUCUAAUUCUUGGGAUGAUCUCGAGACUCAAGACCCGUUCAACCAACGGCCCAAGGACUCAAACAAGGGUUUGCUUCGAAAGCGCAUCGAUGCAGGUAGAACGUCGGGUAACUUGAAUAUCGCCGCCAUGUCGUUGACAGAGUUGCCAGAAGAAGUCAUGAAAAUGUAUGACUUUGAUCCGGAUUCUACCACGGACUGGUACGAGAGCGUGGAUUUGGUCAAAUUUAUUGCCGCGGACAACGAGUUCAAAGAACUACCAGAGAGCGCUUUCCCAGAUGUCGAUCCAUCUGAUCCAGACCUUGAAGAUGACAGCAAGGGAAAUCAGUUUGGUGGGCUAGAAACUCUAGACCUUCACGGCAAUCUACUGCAAUCCUUGCCCCUAGGGUUCAGGAGGCUCCACCGACUUCAAACUUUGAAUCUCUCCAACAACAAAUUAAGUAUGGAAGACAUACAGAUUGUUACGGAGAUGACGUGGAUCCGAGAUCUCAGGCUAGCAAGGAACGAAUUACAGGGAGCGCUUACUCCGAACAUCAAGAACCUUACCAACCUGGAAAUCCUGGAUCUGCACGAAAAUGAUCUCACCGACCUCCCGGUUAGCAUUGCCGACCUAACCUCCCUACGAGUUCUAAACGUCUCCAACAACCGCCUCAAUUCGCUGCCAUUUGACGCACUACAGAAUCUGCCGUUGAAGGAAGUAAGUGCCUCGAAGAACAAGCUGCAAGGCACAUUGAUGCCGGGUUCAGUGGGUAGGAUCGAGACAUUACGGAUUCUAGACGUCUCCGGGAACGCUCUCCUAAAGCUGUCGGAGAACGAGGCUCUCGAACUUCCCAACCUUCAAACCCUGACCAUCGGCGUGAAUCGCAUGCAGUGCCUGCCAAACAUGACCUCUUGGCAAGCUCUUCUGACACUAUCCGCCGAAGACAACACCAUCUCCGAGUUUCCUGAGGGGUUCACUGCAUUGAAACAUAUCAGGAAUGUCGACUUUACGGGAAAUAGCAUUUCGAAGUUGGACGAAAGAAUUGGAUUGAUGGAGAGCUUGGUGACUUUCCGGGUAGCAAACAAUCCUCUCCGUGAGCGCAAGUUCCUAGCCAUGGAGACGGAAACCUUGAAACGUGACCUGCGAAACCGAUGCGAGCCAGAGCCACAGGACACAGACGAGGAAGGCUCUGUCGCGACGCAGUUCACCCUUGCCCCAGAGACCCCAGCUCAGUCGGCUGCAUGGCAACUCAAACCAGGCGGCGUGCUUGACAGAUCGUAUACCGAUACACAAGACGUCGAUUUGGACCAGUUAGAGCGACUGAACCUGAACGAUGUCAGGUGCCUGUACCUUCAACACAAUCAAUUACGCAGUCUACCAGUCCCGGCGCUCAGCAUGCUUGCCGGCAGCCUUGUCGAUCUUGAUCUUUCGCACAAUCCUAUGGGCAGCGACAGCCUAUCCUUCUCGUCCCUCAACCUUCCUAGUCUCCAGAAUCUCAACUUGAGCGCCACCGGAUUGACCGCUCUUGAGCCGAUUUUGGACAACCUCGUGGCGCCGUCUCUUACCUAUUUUGACGUCUCCUAUAAUCGUCUGACUGGGACUCUGCCGACUGUUCGACGAGCUUUUCCCAACCUAGUGGCGCUCCUAGCCGCAGACAAUCAGCUGGAGAACCUCGAGUUCGAGGCUGUCCAGGGCCUUCAGGUCCUCGACGUCGGGAACAACAAUAUCAAUUCCCUACCGCCAAAGAUAGGUUUACUACGGUCGGAGGGUUCCAGCGAUAACUGGGGCGGUGGGUCGGCCCUUAAGAGGCUCGAGGUGGCAGGUAAUAGCUUCCGGGUUCCUCGGUGGCAGAUCGUUGCCAAAGGGACAGAUGCUAUCUUGGAAUGGUUAAAAGAUCGAAUUACCGUGGAAGAGCUUGCGGAAUGGGAGCCGCAGGCUGACGAAACCUUCUAGUUUCGAUAUAGUGUGCAAUUUUGCGGGGCUUGAUAUGCAGGGUCCGCCUGAGUUAUUUUCUAUGUAGAUAUACAUGCAUUUGCAUAUGCAUUGGGGUUUUGAUCACUGAUUUCGGACAUGGUUGUUUUAGCAUAUGGUUUUGGGUCAGUAUCCUUGAAUGUAAAUUCAGGCCAGUCG